GUGCGUCCAGGCCGGGGUCACCUACCUCUUCGUGCAGCUGUGCAAGAUGUUGUUCCUGGCCACUUUCUUUCCCACCUGGGAAGGCGGCAUCUAUGACUUCAUUGGGGAGUUCAUGAAGGCCAGCGUGGAUGUGGCAGACCUAGUAGGCCUCAACCUUGUCAUGUCUCGGAAUGCCGGCAAAGGGGAGUACAAGAUUAUGGUUGCUGCCCUGGGCUGGGCCACCGCAGAGCUCAUUAUGUCCCGUUGCAUCCCCCUCUGGGUUGGAGCCCGGGGCAUUGAAUUUGACUGGAAAUACAUCCAGAUGAGCAUUGAUUCCAACAUCAGUCUGGUCCAUUACAUCAUUGCAUCUGCCCAGGUGUGGAUGAUAACCCGCUACGAUCUGUACCACACUUUCCGGCCAGCUGUCCUCCUGCUGAUGUUUCUCAGCGUCUAUAAGGCCUUUGUCAUGGAGACCUUCGUCCACCUUUGUUCCUUGGGCAGCUGGACGGCACUUCUGGCCCGAGCAGUAGUGACAGGGCUGCUGGCCCUCAGCACCCUGGCCUUGUAUGUUGCUGUUGUCAACGCGCACUCCUAGGCUUGGGUCCCAGGCAUUCACAUACCUUUUCCUUGUCUCCAGGUUUUAGUGAAUUAAACAGUAUUUGGGAAGUUG